AUGUUCCCGUUCUCCCUCCUGUCCCGUGUAGCAGCCUCGUUCCCUUCGUUCUACACGGUCCUCUUCGUCUCGUCUCUGCUGCGCUGGGCCCUCAUCUUGUACAGCGAAUGGCACGAUGCCCGCUCGAAAGUGAAAUACACUGACAUCGACUACAGAGUCUUCAGUGAUGCAGCACGAUUCCUGCUGAGCCCAACAUCCGACAACGUAGCCCAAGGUCCAUUGGGCGGUCUUUUCGGUGUCGGAGAUCCAUACACUAGGUCCACCUACCGUUACACACCACUCCUGGCGCUACUGCUUACUCCAAAUGAAUGGAUACACCCUUCCUUCGGGAAGUAUCUCUUCGCCGCAUGCGACGUUCUUGCCAGCGUGUUGAUGUACCGAAUGCUAGUCGACGUGAUUCUACCAGCGUCGACCCCCUCCCAAUCCUCCUCCCCCGGUGAAGGGAAACAGCAGGAGCCAGCAUCGCGAGACUGCCUAGCGGCACUCUUGACCUCUUUACACCUUCUCAAUCCCCUUGUAUUUACCAUAUCAACUCGAGGAUCUUCGGAAUCGGUCCUGUCCCUACUUGUACUUCUCAGUCUGUACGCCUGCCUCAAAGAGCGAUGGACGACCGCCGCGGUGCUGUUAGGCCUCAGUACACACUGGAAGAUAUACCCUGUGAUCUAUGGGAUCGCUUGCGUGGGUGUUCUGGCAAUGAGGAACCCUCGGUCCAAUUGGGUCAGCAGAGUCCUAAACUGGAGCACUGUCAAGUUCGGCGUUAUCAGCGCCGGAACGUUCUUUGCUUUGGGUGGAGGAAUGUACCUAAUAUGGGGCCAGCCAUUCGUUGAACAUACGUAUCUGUACCACGUUUCUCGGCUCGACCAUAGGCAUAAUUUCUCGCCUUAUUUCUACUGGAUAUACCUGACAUACCCGUCCGCUGCCGCCUCGCUCGCCCCUCUGACUUCCAUCCAGAAGGUCUUGCGCUCUCCGUUGACCUCCUUCGCACCACAAAUGAUUCUCUCCCUGGGAGUUGGCUUUGUGUUCGGUGUACUGGGUAGCAAAGAGCACCUACCCUUCAUCUGGUUUGCACAAACUGUGCUGUUUGUCGUGUUUAAUCGAGUCUGCACGUCUCAAUACUUCCUCUGGUACAUCCUAUUCCUCCCUCUUCUCCUCCCCCGCCUUUCGCGGUCGAUCACACCUCGUACGUCCCUUGUAUGUCUGGCGCUCUGGUUCGGCGUACAGGUGCUUUGGCUUGCGGAAGCAUACAAGCUCGAAUUCCUCGGCGAGAACGUAUAUCUCGGCCUCUGGUUCAGAGGCGUAGUUUAUCUAGUGGGAAACAUUGGUGUACUCGCAGUUGUAGUGUUGAACUAUGUGUAAGCGGAUAUACUGGUAGCGUCGCUGGGCC